CUUUUGACUGUCGUGAAUAAUGCUGCUAUGAACGUUGGUGUACUAUAUACAUUUAUUUUAAAGGAAACAUUAUAAUACUGUUUUAAGUGGGAAACCAAUAUUGUUUUUAUAAAUAAAUACGAUAAAAACAAAGUGGUACAUUUGCUUGCUGAAGCCUCUGAGGACAAGCCUGUCCUCUUUGUCAAAAAGGGGGAUCAGCAUAUUGGAGAGAGGCUUAACACGGUAGCACCAAACUGACGCGUCUGACUUAAUUGGGAUUGAGAAAGAAUCAAAAAGGGCUGACUUUCUCAAUCCGUGGGGUCAGUGGUAUUCGACACACAUUGCUCAAGUACCACCUAAAACCACAUCAGAUCACUUUAGGGGAGAUACUGCCCAAAGGAACCUGGGAUCUUUCUGUGACACUAUUCACUGUAAGGUGGUGUGUGCAUUUCCUGUGGCUUCUGUAACGAAUUACCACAAAUUGGGUGGCUUAAAACAGCAGAGAUUUGUUCUCUCAUAGUUCUAGAGGCCAGAAGUCUGAAAUCAAGGUGUUGGCAGGGCCACACUCCCUCAAGGGAGCGAAUCCAGGCCCUAGGGGAGAAUCCUUCGCUGCCUCUUCCGGCUUCAGGUGGUCCCAGGCAUUCCUUGGUGAUGGCAGCCUAACUCCUGUCUCUGCUUCAGUCUGUCCUCAUGUGCCUUCACCUCUGUGUCUGUGUGUCCCUUUCUGUCUCUUUUAAGGACACUGUCAUUGGGUUUAGGGCCCACCCUAAUCCAGUAUGAUCUCAGCUGUGAUUCUUCCCUUAAUUCCAUCUGCAAAGACCCUAUUUUCAAAUCAGGUCGCAUUUUGAGGUUCCAGGUCACAUGAAUUGGGAGGAGAGGACACUGUGAACCCACUGCAGGAGGAAGAAAUGUUUCGUCCAAAUAUGUUUUUCCUCCUUUUGCUUCCACCUAUUAUAUUUGAGUCAGGAUAUUCAUUACACAAGGGUAACUUCUUUCAAAAUAUUGGUUCCAUCACCCUAUUUGCUGUUUUUGGUACGGCAAUUUCCGCUUUUGUAGUAGGUGGAGGAAUUUACUUUCUGGGUCAGGCUGAUGUAAUCUCUAAACUCAACAUGACAGACAGUUUUGCAUUUGGCUCCCUAAUAUCUGCUGUUGAUCCAGUGGCUACUAUUGCUAUUUUCAAUGCACUUCAUGUGGACCCGGUGCUCAACAUGCUGGUUUUUGGAGAGAGCAUUCUCAACGAUGCGGUCUCCAUUGUCCUGACCAACACAGCUGAAGGUUUAACAAGAAAAAAUAUGUCAGAUGUCAGUGGGUGGCAAACAUUUUUACAAGCCCUUGGCUACUUCCUCAAAAUGUUCUUUGGCUCAGCAGCACUCGGCACUCUCACUGGCUUAAUCUCUGCAUUAGUGCUAAAGCAUAUUGACUUGAGGAAAACGCCUUCCUUGGAGUUUGGCAUGAUGAUCAUUUUUGCUUAUCUUCCAUAUGGGCUCGCAGAAGGAAUCUCACUCUCAGGCAUUAUGGCCAUCCUGUUCUCAGGCAUCGUGAUGUCUCACUACACACACCAUAACCUGUCUCCAGUCACCCAGAUCCUCAUGCAGCAAACCCUCCGGACUGUGGCCUUCUUGUGCGAAACAUGUGUGUUUGCAUUUCUUGGCCUGUCCAUUUUUAGUUUCCCUCACAAGUUUGAAAUUUCCUUUGUCAUCUGGUGCAUAGUGCUUGUGCUGUUUGGCAGAGCGGUGAACAUUUUCCCUCUCUCCUACCUCCUGAAUUUCUUCCGUGAUCAUAAAAUCACACCAAAGAUGAUGUUCAUCAUGUGGUUCAGCGGCCUGCGGGGGGCCAUCCCCUACGCCCUGAGCCUGCACCUGGACCUGGAGCCCAUGGAGAAGCGGCAGCUCAUCGGCACCACCACCAUCAGCAUCGUGCUCUUCACCAUUCUGCUGCUGGGCGGCAGCACCAUGCCCCUCAUCCGCUUCGCGGACAUCGAGGAUGCCAGGGCGCGCCGCAGGAACAAGAAGGACGUCAACCUCAGCAAGACCGAGAAGAUGGGCAACACCGUCGAGUCGGAGCACCUGUCAGAGCUCACCGAGGAGGAGUACGAAGCCCACUACGUCAGGCGGCAGGACCUCAAAGGCUUCCUGUGGCUGGAUGCCAAGUACCUGAACCCCUUCUUCACGCGGCGGCUGACCCAGGAGGACCUCCACCACGGGCGCAUCCAGAUGAAAACCCUCACCAACAAGUGGUACGAAGAGGUGCGCCAAGGCCCCUCCGGCUCCGAGGACGACGAGCAGGAGCUGCUGUGACCGACCAGGACGCGUGGCUUCCGGGCAACCGGGGCCGCAGCACUGCCAUCCAGCCUCCCCGCGGCUCCCAGGACGGCCACCCAGCAAGGGCCCCCGAGGCGUGUGCAUGUGGCACUUCUUUGGGGCGGAUGGAAGCAGGGUGACGCACAGGCUACUGUCGUCUUAACCCAGGACCUCCCAGGCCUUUGGAGCCAGCCGGCUGCCCUGAAGCACCCUCUCCCCGCUCCCCACUGGGCUGGACCUCUGCCCUCAGGGUGGCUUCCCAGCCUGCGGAUUGGAGGGACCACCUUUGCAGGUACAUGUUUCCUUCUGCUUCUGUAGCCGGGGAAUAGUCAUCUGUCACGCCAAGGUGCCUGAGAGGAGAAAUCCUGCCAUGGACCCACUGUGCAGGGCGUCCCGGGAGCGUGGUGCGCCGUUGCCGCCAUCCCUGGCCACUGCCUUCAUUACAGGGGCCCUUCCCUGCCGGACGGGUGUCGGUAGCAGCAGGGCGAGAGGCCAGCCGCCGCUUCCCUGUGCGUCAUCAAGGCACCUCGACCCUCAGCAGCGGCGGUUCUCACUUAAGCAGCAGGCUCAGAGGCCUUGGAAACCUCACACUCCCCUUCGUGAUGUCGCUUGCACUCCCUGAGAAAGAGAAACUGAGUGACCUUUUUCUCUUUACCUCUGAUUGGCACCUCACAGGCUGUCUCCCUGGGCAGCAGGCAGCUACUGCCCUUCUCUGGGAAUACUGUGAAUGUUUACACUGGAACCGAGCACGAGGGCACAGGCACCUCUCUAGAGCCCCAUUGGAAGCCGUAUCCCUGGGUUUUUUGGGGGUGAGUGACCCUAUUCAAUGUAGGGUCAGAGCACCCUCUAGAGGGAAAGUCUUCAGGGUUUAUGCUGGCCAGCAGCUGCUGUCUUUGAAUUCAGUUUAAAUUCAUGCACUUUUACAAAGUG